GCAUGUUGGGAAAGUAUUGACCGAGAAGAAAACAGAGCUGGAUUAGCUGUUUUAUAAAGAGACCAGAGGCAAAUUUAAGGCUCCAGCUGGACGCCAGGGGCACAAACGCAGCCUGCGUCAUUUGGAGGAUUACAGGCUUUCACGUUGCUUUGUCAUUUACUCAUCAUCAGGAGUCUUCACGCGCCCUUAGAGUUGUUCCCAAAGAUCUGCUGAACGUGCUUUAAAAACACCGGAUUUUACAAACAAUGGCUCUGCUGUGGAACUUUUUAUCCUUCUUUUUGUAUUUGGCUUGAUGUGGAACUUAAUCUCAUUUUGCUGGAACACCACUUUAGGAAUAUGUGAGAUUGGGUGCGUAACUCCUGAGAUUUUUUCAGUAUUCGUUUUUUAAAGUUUUAACCUUACAGAGCUGCUCUAUAUAUCCAGCUGCUGGCCUUAUUUAUGAAGUGAAUCAUCAGUAGGCUAUCACAUCUCCCUUCUGGCUGUACCCGUAAUAGCAACACAGAUCGCUUAACACUUUUCGCAGACUGACACUCCUGUCCUCUAAACGGGGGCUGGUGGUGCGGCAUAUGUAGCCUACGCUGUCCCACUGUUUUUUUUUUUAGGAUUUCCAAAUCCUGUAAGAAAGUUUUAUCAAUCAUCCAAGAUGCUGCCCCUGUCCCUUCUGCUGCUCCUCGUUUAUCCAGCUGCGCUGUUAGUGGCCGCGCAGGGCGCUGGGGACCUCCAGGGCUUCAGCUUUCCCGGAGGGAGCACCGCUUUCGACCCUACCGACCCUUGCAUGGUGGUGUCUCCCCCAUGUAUGAGUGAGGCGGACCGCUUCAGCCUGGAGGCCCUGAGCAGUAUCCAUCAGAAGAUUGAUGAUGACCAGGAUGGUGAGAUUGAAGUGGAGGAGAGCGUGGAGUUUAUCAUUGAAGAUAUGAAGCAGCAGCAGACCAACAAACACAGCCACUUGCACAGGGAAGACCAGCACAUCACAGUUGAGGAGCUCUGGAGGGGUUGGAAGUCAUCUGAAGUGCAUAAUUGGACUCAAGAAGAUGUGCUUCGUUGGCUGAAGGAGUUUGUUGAGUUGCCACAAUAUGAGAGGAACUUCAAAGAUUUCAAAGUCAAUGGAAACACACUCCCCAGGAUUGCAGCUAAUGAACCUUCAUUCCUGAGCGGACAGCUGAGGGUUCAGGACCAAAGAGACAAGCAGAAACUCAACAUCAAAGCCCUGGAUGUUGUUCUGUUUGGACCGCCUACACGUCCCCCUCAUAACUACAUGAAGGACUUGUUGCUGAUUGUAUCAGUAGUAAUGGGAAUUGGAGGCUGCUGGUUUGCCCAGGCCCAAAACAAAGCCAGUAAAAUCCACAUAGCCAAGAUGAUGAAAGAUUUGGAAAGCCUGCAGAGGGCUGAACAGAGCCUCAUAGAGCUUCAGGAACAGCUGGAGCGAGCUCAGGAAGAAAAACGUAACGUUGCAGAGGAGAAACAGAACCUGGAGGAAAAGAUGAGAGAUGAGAUCAUGGGGGCGCAGGAGGAGGCUCAUCGUCUGCACCAGCUGAGACAAGGAGCUGUCAGUGAGCUCAGCCGCCUACGAUAUGCAGAGGAAGAGCUAGAGCAGGUCCUUGGAGCACUGAAGCAAGCAGAAAAAGAUAUGAAUGCGAGCUGGACUGCCUCAGAAGCACUUCAGCAGUGGCUGCAGCUGACCCAUGAGGUAGAAGUGCAGUACUACAACGUCAAGAAGCAGAGUGCAGAACAACAACUUGCAACGGCUAAGGAAGAGGCAGAGAGGAUUAAGAAGAAGAGAAGCUCUGUGCUUGGGACUCUCCAUGUAGCCCACAGCUCUUCUCUUGACCAAGUUGACCAAAAGAUCCUGGAGGCAAAGAAUGCCUUGUCUGAAGUGACAGCCUGUCUACGUGAGCGCCUUCAUCGAUGGCAGCAGAUUGAGCGUCUCUGUGGCUUCCCCAUUAUCAAGAAUCCGGGCCUAGCAAACCUCACAGCUCAGCUCUACUCAGAGUCAGCUGCUGUAGGGUUACCUCGAGGGCUGCAACCACCGUGCUCAUACCAUAGCUCAAUCCAUGGAUCUAUCGAAGAUCUGUUGGAAGAUCCUACUUCUCCUUUAGUACCACAAAUGCCUGUUCCAGUUCCACCACUGAAGCGCUCUCCUAGAACACAAGGAUCCACCAUAUGUCGGUCACGUCGUUCAGGCAUACUCACUCAACCACAGGCUGCCAUGAUCUCUUCGGACCCUGAUCUUCUCAUCCCCAUUCGAACCCCUUUUCCUUGUCUUGAUGAAGAACAAGGGGUCUUCCUUAAAAACCUCAAAAAACAAGAUUCUGAAGAGAGGUUUUCAGACACAGAGCAUGUGACUUCACCUCCCCUGAUUAAAAUGUUCCCUAGUCCAACUGUGGAUAGUUCUUCCCAAAAGUUUUAUCAUGAUGAAACCGAGCUGCUUUCAGACACCUCCAUCAUAAAGGCUCUGAGUAAAGAAGCAGAGGCUGCUGUUGAAGCUCCGGUUCGCAAGAUUUUUGUGGAAGAGUUUGAAGCAUCUAGUGAUUCGUCUAACAGGAAGAUGGCGAAAGACCUGUUGUUGGAUGCUUCUUUGGAAACACCUUCUUUUAAGAAGCCCCAAGAGGAUUCUUUGAUGGAAGCUGCAUCCAGGAAGAUAUCCAGAGAGUGGAAUGAUGUUCCUUUAAAUGUUUCAGUGAGAAAGUGCCUUUCCAGUGAGUUGGAUACAGAAGUUCCAACUAGGAGAGCAGAGAGAGAUAUGAUAGGGGAACUGAAGGACACUGCAUCAAGGAACGUGUAUCGAGAAAGAGGUGAUUUUCCUGUGGAUGUGAGAAAGAUUAUUUGGAAUGAAAUAGAAGCAAAAACAGAUGUGGCACCUAGGAAAAUAUCAAGAGAUAUGAUGGGGUCUUCAGUGGACAGUGCUUCAAGAAAGGUGCUACGAGAUGAUAUUGACUAUCCAUUUGACGCAGUACCUAGAAGAAGCACAAGAGAUUCAAAGGGAUUGCCUAUUGACACAGGAUCAAGAAAGCUUGUUCGGAAUAAAGCAGAAUGCCAGCUAGAUUCUUCAGUAAGAGCUUUAACUGUGGACAAUAUAACGGAGACCACAAGAAUACCAUCAAGAAAGAUAUCCGGAGAAGAAUUGGAGGAGUUUGUUGCAGAUACUGCCUCCAUAAAGAUUUUAAACAGAGAGAAAUUUGAAUCCCUAAUGGAUAGUGUAUCCGCAACAGAAAAGCAAGAGUUUGGUUUGGACCCAUCACCAAGUAGGAGGAUACUGAGAGAUGAUCUUGAGAUGUCUUGCAGUUCUCUUAGAAGGAGAAUGCCAAGACUGGUAAGGGAAGACAGUGACAGUUCUACAGACACCCCCCCAGGAAAGAUGUGCUGGGAUAGACUUGAUGUCCCACUUGAACUACCAAGACAAUCCAUGAUGAGGGAGGAAUUGGAAGCAUCUGAAUUAAGUUCAUCCCAAGGUCCCGUUGAACAGCCAGACCUUAUGGUUACCUCUCAGGUGCCAUGGAAGUCAUCAUCAGACUUUUUUACGGUUGGCCCAUUGAGCCAGCUUGUUUAUGAUGGAAUCCUAGAGAAGUCCUGCAACUCCAUGGCUACAACUCCACCGGGCCUCUCUGCAUCAACACCUAACCUGCCUCAGAGCAACCUUCUUGCAGAGGUGGAACAACCUCCUACAAGGAUUGCUUUCCCAUCUCCUGCAACACCACAGGAAACUGGAGAUGAGAGGCACAAGGAAAAGGAAAAGAGCAAGAAAUCCUUGAAGCUUAAAAAUCUAUUUAAAAAGAAAACUGAGCCAACUCAAGAAAAGCUUCAAAGUGGUCUUCAGAAGCUCUAACAGUUGACUUUUCUUCUUUUUGUUUUAAAAUUGAGUGAACCAGUCACCCUACAUUGCAUGAAAAGCAAAUGUACCUAUGGUUACCUGUGUGUGCACGGACAUUUAGCCCUUAAAUGAGAUUCAGCCAGGAUCAAUGCUGGUGUUUCGCUGUCUACAGACAGAUACUGUACACAGUUGCCAGAAGGCAGCAGUGCCCUUAAACAAGACAAUCUUGAUCCAUUCUGGAACUUUCUUGAUUUUAAAGGGUGCUUAUCUUUUGAUGAUGACAUGUACAUUUACAGGGUGAUGUAAAACACAUGUUCCUCUGGUUCCUGUGCAUGUUAUGUAGGUGGAUGGGCAGCAGUGCUCCUAACCCUAUCAGUGCAUUAUCUGCUUUUCAGUCAAAUUGUUGUUAAUUGAUUGAAUACAAAGAGUAGUAUCCUGAUGUUAUAUUUGUUUUUGCAUUGUUUGACUAUUUAGAAGAUGCCAGGAGAUUAGGACAUGCUGACUACUCCUACCUCUCAACUCUUCUUCACCCCAUGUGCCAAAAACCACAGACUGUGCCUGUCACCAAGCUCUCCUCUAUAUGAGUUAUCUAUGAUUUAUGGUCUUGAACAGGUCUUGAAUCCACACAACACUGGCAGACCAGACCAACUGAGUGGUAUCUUUAUUAUGUGCCUCAUAACUACAAAUCCCAUAAGAAAUCAUAGCACACAUAUCAAAACAGACAAUGUCUGUUAUAGUAGGGGCUCAGGCACAGGUGUCUUGUGAAAGGGGAAAAUUUAGAUAAGAAAUAGUUAAAUGGAGCUGGUAUUAUAAAGGCUAACUGCUGAAAAGUGCUGCAUCGGCAUGUUGGCCUGCAGGUGUGCUGUUUUUGAAAUGAAUGGGACACGACUUGUUAUUGGUUUGAUUUUUUUUCAUGCCCUAAACACACUUUUGAACGAUUUCGAGACUCAAGACAACCCUUUUUGUACUUGCACCAUUCUUUUUGUCCAAAUGCAGGCCAUUGAAAUCCCAAACGAGGGGCAAGCACACCCUAAAUGCACUUGCCAGAGCGCUUAGGCCAUACCCUUAUAUUGUUUGAAGAAAGCUAAAACUGUCUGAGAGUUGGGGGAUUUUGACAAAGCUUAUUUUAUGUUUGAAGCGUAUUUGUUAUGUGUGACAAAGGUUGAUACUUUCUAUGAUUGAAGCUUUGUCCAUUUUUUGGAAGACAAGUUGAUGUUUUAACUGGCAGUGUUCUUCUGUUUAACAGAGACAAUGCUUAAAUACGAUUUAAAAAAAAAAUUACUUAAGCUGCACACAUCAUAACUGGUAAGAUCAUUCAAAGGGUUGGUAAACAUAUCAGUAACCUUCCUAUCAUAAAAUUUGUGUCAUAUUUUAUUUUUUUAAUGACAAGAACUUAUUCAAUAAUUAUUAAACCAAUAAUUAAAAUCAUAGGAUAUACCAUGUUUCAACUGACAAAUCCGAUUUUGACAUUUCAAUCAGAAUACCACUGCAGUAGUGGCCCUGACUGGUAAUGAAAUUACCCCAGCCUCAGUCCUUAAGAGAAUUUUUUCUUACUUUUAGAUUUGAUUGACAAUUGCCUUUAAUGAAAGUGAUUACCACUCAGCAUUUACUCGGGAUUUGAAACUUUUUAAAUCUCCAGAGGAAGUCCAUGUGCACUCUUAGUCAUGAGUGAUUUGUAAAUGUUGCUAAAUAGACAUAGUGCAAACUUUGGUAGGCAUAACUGAGGUUGCUUGCUGCUUUUUUUCUUUAUUUGGGCACUCCAUCCUUAAAAUGCACUCAGCUAUUUUUCGCUGUUUUCUUGAGGUGCAGUUUCAACAAGUUCUCCAUCACAAGAGCAAGCUGCCUUUUAAUUGAGUGCAUUUCUAUGUGUACCUUACAUGUUUGAAAAUAUGAUGUUGAAAAAGGUUUAUGUUUCCUUAGUUAUUAGCUGUAAAGUCUUUAUAUUGAGUAGUUCAUUUCAAUUCUCAUUGCUCAGAAAUGUGGGUCGUUAAAGUUUUAAUUGCUUAUUUGAAUAAAUGUUUUUAUGUCUUAAUAUUUUUGUUUCAUACAAAAGUUUAAGGACUACAUGGAAAAAGAAAACUCUACCAAGUCUUAUUCAAUGGAAACAUAAAUUGCCAUUUCAUUUAUUUUUUUCUAUCUCUAAAUGACUGCGGAGAAAAUAAACAGGAUGAUAAAAUGUAGCACAAAUUGUACAUUGUUUUAUUGAACACUACACAAAAAAGGAAAGUGUGUUGUAAUAUCAAUACUUUGUCAAGGAAUCAUUACAUCAAUAGUAAUCAUAAUUACAUCAAAAAAAUCACAAGAAGGAUUCUGAAAAGUAGAAAUCUUCAGUACAUUUUUUAUGGAAAUAUUCAGAGAAACUUGUAAAUUUUUUACAGAGCUUUUAGAAUCUUUAGGUUGGAAGUUUGAAAACUUUUAGUAUUCUAAUAAAGUUUAAAUUGAAAUGUAUGAUCAGUGUUCGACUAUGACAUUUAAAGUUUCUUUAUUUUUUAAAGUCUUUAAAGAAACUUCAGGACCUAUUUAGAAAGCAUUUUUUUUAUGGGUGUUUUGGGUGGGGGUGUAGAAAAUGUCAUUUCAAUGUUCUUUUACUAAUUUUUUGUUUGUUUUUGCCACUGAUAGGAACUUUAAGUGGAAAUUAGAGGAACAUUGGAAUUUGAGAGGGAUUCUGGAAAACUUUUCCUGCUAGCUUCUGAAUUUAAGAGGAAAUGUUGGGAAUUUCUCAUUGGUUAUUUUCAGGAAUUUCAAUGGGAACUUUUGGACAUCUUAGUAAAAUUUGGGAUUUCAAGUGGAAAAAAAUUGUAAUUUUCAUAAACUUAAGAAAAUUUUAGUGGAAAUUGGGGAAUAUUAAUGGAAAUUCUUCAGAGUGUUUUAAAAUUUCACACAAAUUUUCAAUAUUUUAUGAAGAUUUUAAGAUUUAUUUGGAAUUGAGGCUUUUUGAGCUCUAUGGAAUUAUUUCAGAGAUAUUGAGGAAAAUGCAUGAAAUAUACGAAACAUUUUUGUUAUUGAUUUUUCAAUAGAUUCUUUUGAGGGGAAACCUCAAAUUUAAGGAAUUUCAAGUGGAAUUUUUAAUGGUAAUUGAAGAGUUUUCUGCUGAAAAUUUUCAGGAAUUUCAAUGACUUUUACAGGAUUUAUCUCGGAAACCUUGCAGGAUUUUCAUCAAAAAUAUCAGGAACUUUUUCUCAUGAAAAGUUUUUUUGAGUUUACAAAUAUUCCCCAGGAUUUUGAGAAAUGUUUACUUCAGCAAUCUGGUAUUUUCUUGGAAACAGGGAAAUUUAGAGUUGUACUUGUGACUUGUGAAUUUUUUUUUAAUGUUUUCUAUUGCAUUUUUAAUAUUUGAAAUUUUCUUUAAAAUAUUUAACUAUUAACUGAGUGCUCGUGAAAAUUUCCAGAAUACACCUCGAAGGUUUUUGGGAUUUAACUUAAAACUUGAGACUUUUUUGGAAUUAUUUUGACACUUUAUUUUUUUCUUAUUCAGUCUCUUAAGGAUUAAAGAAAGAUUCUAGAAAAUUUAAAACAAUCCUUCAUGAAUUUUUGGACAUUUUUUAUGUAAUUUUUGUACACCCAUCCCGCCCCCAUUUCUUGGAAAUUUUUAGAUAUCUUGAGAUAUCUUUGGGAAUUGUAAGAUGCUUUUAGUGGAAACUUUCAGGGAAGACAUUUUAGAUCAAUUUUCAGAGAGAAAUAUUUCAGAAUUUUAGAAAAUGUUCAAGUCCUUAUUUUCAGGAAAUUUU